AUGCCCGGAAAUGAUGCUGCCUCUCGCAACAGCUCUGCGAGCACUGACAGCUGGAAAUCGAGCGAAACCGUCAAAGGCUCGCUCUUCCAUGGCCCAUCGCGAAGAAGAACCCCAAUGCAGCUGAAGACGGACGCGGCGAAGAGGGUUGAAACCGAUCCUCAGGUCUCGCCGACGACUUCUGCGCCGCGCCCCCCAUCGCCCCCAGCAUCGAGCACUUCCAAUGUAUCCCCUCGGGAUCAUAGAAUGGCCGGCUUCGGCAACUACAGACGCGAUCUUGCAGUCCUGGAAACAUCUGGUGGGCGCAUACCGUCGAUACAGCAUAACCCCCCCAGUGCGCUGCAAGGCCCCUCAAAUCCGAUGGCCCCGUGGAUGUCAGCAAACGGAAAGGAUGCAAGCCCCUCGCCCGGGGCUGGAACCAGCUUCUACAAUGAUUCGAGCGACAACAUAUCGCAAGGCUCCCAGUUCUCCCAGGGCUUCCGGCCUGGGACUGCCGCAACAGGAAACACAAACACCAGCGAAUCCCCCGCCGAUGCGUACUUUGAUGAAAACGAGAGGCGACCUUCAGUGGCGAGCGUGAAGACUGCGAGUAGCACGGGAUCGAAGUCGAGCACGAGUCGAGCUGGUGGUGCCCGUAAGAAGUUGCAAACUUUCUUUGGGGAGGAUUACCCUGGAAAGGAUGGAUCCGACACGAGCCUUCCUUCCCACAGGAAAGAAGUUCGAUCCCACUCCUUCGCGCGCAGCCACCGGGAACGCAACCUCUCCUCUGCGACAGAUAAUACACGAGACGCUUCACCUGUAGGAUCUCGGCCGCGAACACCAGUGCCGUCCAGUGAUGUUGUGCCAUUUUUGUAUCAGGACUCACAGGACAUCUCGAAGUAUGGCGACGCCCCUGUUCGCGAGAGUCUAUCCGGCCCUGACAGAGAUCGAUACGUGAGCGACACACCAAACCCACCGAAAACCUCCUCUUCUUCACGAUCUGCCCACGUCCACCUACCCGGGCACAAUCACCGACAUAAUAGAAGCUACGACGAGGCGAAGGCCUUGCGGCCGUCACUAAGCAGGGAGGAUAGGCAGAAAGACCGGGCCCCGACUUCGAUGGGAGCUACAUUGGCCAAUUCAUCCAACUCAAGCCUCUCACAACGGCCGCAAAGCCCAACACCUAGCGGGAUGACUGGUUGGACCCAAGCAACUGCCACGACGGCAGUGAAUGAUGGUCCAACAUCGCCUGUCGCGACACAUGGCAAGCGAAGUCUCUUGAAUCUAGGACGGUUCCGUAAACACAAGGAGAAGGAGACUGCGACAUCUCGAUUGAAAGAUCUCCCAAGUUCUGUUCGUUCAUUGAACUCUCCAGCCAGGUCUGACAAAACGCACUCGCCCCCUGACUACAGCCCAUGGAGUCGGGAAGGAAGUGUUACAACAUUGUCAGAUAUUGCUCUCCCAAGGGCCCAUAGCCAUGGUCCAUCCGCUGGCAGUUCACGGCAUGGACACCAUCACUUCAAGAAGGGGCCAUUUAGGAGAGGCCGUGGGAAAAGUGGAGAUGAUGAGUCUCUUCUGGACAACCAUGAAAAACAUGACUUCUCCCACGCGUCUAAAUUCAGUCUGGAUACGGACCUAUCGAACAUGGAAGGUAUAAUAGCAAGGCCUCCGGCACUGACGCCUCUGGACAACAACAUAUUUGCGGGAAACGUUGAUGAUGAGGCAAAGAUUGAGGCAGAAAGUAGCGGUGGAGGUUUAGGAUGGAAUGCCCCUGAUAGUUGGGCUGUCAAAAGGCUCGAUGACGAGAAUCAAUCUCGGCUACCCGAGAUGGAUGAUAGUGGGCUGUUAUCUAGGGCUGACGCAAAAGGGCCCCCUUAUUGCAUCCGCAUAUUUAGGGUCGAUGGGACGUUUGCUACGUUGUCAACACCACUCAAUGCUACUGUCACCGAGAUCAUGAGUCAAGUAGGAAAGAAAACCUACAUGACGGACAACCUGGAAAACUAUCAGAUAGUGAUGAAGAAGCACGACUUGCAGCGAAUCCUUGGAGCUGGUGAACGUCCUAUUGUGAUCCAGAAACGUUUACUUGAACAGGCUGGCUAUGAAGAGCGGGACAGGAUCGAAGAUGUGGGCAGGGAGGACAACAGCUACCUCUGUCGAUUCUCCUUCAUUCCCGCUAGACAAAGUGGUUAUGCAUCGGUCACCAAUGAUCCCGGGUUAGGUCGGGUACAAAAGUACAGCCAUGUUGACUUGUCUGGACGAAAUUUGAUCACUAUCCCUAUCGCUCUCUACUCCAAAGCCUCGGAAAUCAUCUCUCUCAACCUGUCACGGAACCUGUCACUUGACCUUCCCAAGGACUUCAUCCAGUCAUGUGUAAAUCUGCGCGAUAUCAAGUACGUUAACAAUGAGGCAUGGAAACUCCCGCCCAGUCUCAGUCGAGCUAGCCGCCUUACAAUCCUCGAUGUCUCAAAUAACAGGCUUGAGCAAUUAGAGCAUGCUGAGCUUGGAAGGUUGCAAGGCCUCAUUAGUUUGAAGCUCGCCAACAAUCGCUUGAGGAGCCUCCCUACUUACUUUGGGAGUUUCAAAUCUAUGAGAACCUUGAAUCUCUCCUCAAAUUUCCUGGAUUCCUUUCCAACUUUCCUGUGUGAGCUUGAAAGUUUGGUGGAUAUCGACAUGAGUUUCAAUGGUAUCUCUAAGCUGCCGGACGAGAUUGGUAAAUUGAAGAAUCUUGAGCGAUUCGUCAUAACGAACAACCGGCUAGCAGGAUCUCUUCCCGACACCUUUGCAGACCUCAUAAAUCUAAAGGAGGUCGAUAUCCGCUAUAACACCCUUUCAAGUAUCGAUAUCAUUGCACAGCUGCCAAAGGUAGAGCAAAUUUCUGCAGAUCACAACUCAGUGUCUGUCUGCGAGUCGGAAUUUACCAAGAUCCGAGUCCUACGCCUCAAUUCGAAUCCGGUGACCAAGUUCGAAAUCCUCAACUCUGUGCCCACCCUGACCACUCUGAUCUUGUCGAACGCAAAACUGGCACAUAUCCCGGACGCGGUAUUUGAUAAGAUGCCCAAUCUAGUUAAACUGGUGCUAGACAAAAACCAUUUUGUCUCGUUACCCAGUUACAUUGGUAAGUUGAGGAAGCUUGAGCAUUUCAGCAUAGCUAGGAAUGCCUUGAGCAGUCUACCUGCCGAAAUUGGUUGUCUCACGGAGCUGCGCUUCCUGGAUGUUCGGCAAAAUAACUUGAAAAAGCUUCCAAUGGAAAUAUGGUGGGCCAACAAACUCGAAACGCUCAACAUCUCAUCGAACGUCCUCGAUACCUUUCCAAAACCGGCUUCACGGCCGCCUCAAGUUCCUGGCGAAGUUAUCCAGGGCCCUAUGAACAAUAUCCAAGGGCAGAGUUCUCAAAACUCCAGCUUUGAAGAGUUGGGUCCACUAGAAGCCUAUGGACAGCGAAGACCAAGCCAACCUUCGAGCAGCCUUCUUAGUGUGGGAGGCUCUCCUGUACCUGGCUCAGCGGAUAGGGAGAACUCAUUCGUCUCCUUGUACGGGAAAGGGGGCCGCAAGACGUCUGUCGUUUCGAGGAGUGCCUCCCAAAGCACUGGGACCAGGACUCCCCCAUCCAUGAUGGGAAGAAAGGAUUCUUCAACUUCAGCCAAACUCAUCAAUACGUUUGCAGGCUCAUUGCGAAACCUCUAUCUGGCUGACAAUCAACUGGACGAUGAUGUAUUUGAUGAGAUCACUCUUCUGGGCGAACUCCGAAUUCUGAACUUGUCUUACAACGAUCUCAAUGACAUGCCACAUAGAUCUCUCAAGAGUUGGCCACAAUUAGUCGAGCUCUAUCUCUCAGGGAAUGAACUCACAUCUCUCCCUUCAGACGACUUUGAAGAAUUCAGCCUUCUCCAGGUUCUGCAUAUCAAUGGGAACAAAUUUCAGACCCUUCCUGCCGAACUUGGCAAAGCUCAUCGGUUGGCCGUUUUUGAUUGCGGUAAUAAUUCCCUCAAGUACAACGUAUCCAACUGGCCAUAUGAUUGGAACUGGAACUGGAAUACCAAUCUCAAAUACUUGAACCUUUCAGGUAACAAGCGGCUGGAAAUCAAGCCAUCUUUACCAGGAAGCAUGGGUAGCCGUGAUGGGCGGGAUCUUACUGAUUUCAGUGCCUUGCAGCAUUUGCGAAUUCUUGGUUUAAUGGAUGUGACCUUGACCAUCCCUACCAUUCCGGAUCAAACGGAAGACCGAAGGGUUCGUACUUCUGGUUCUGUAGCUGGGCAAUUAGCAUAUGGGAUGGCAGAUACCCUAGGAAAGAACGAGCAUUUGUCUAUCAUUGACAUGGUCGUCCCCCGAUUCAACUCCAGCGAGACUCAGACCCUUGUCGGCAUGUUCGAUGGCCAGGCAUUGUCGAGCGGUGGAUCCAAGAUCGCGAAAUAUUUGCACGAGAAUUUCGGUCCCAUCUUCAGUGACGAACUCAAAAAGUUGAACUCUGGACGACUAGAUGAGACUCCCGUUGACGCGUUAAGGCGAGCAUUCCUCUCCUUGAACAAGGAUUUGGCUACUGCCGCAACACAAAGCACCCAGGAAAGGUCGCUACUAUCACAUCGAGGGUCGGGGACUCCCGCAGUGCUUAGUCAAGCUGAUUUGCAUUCGGGGGGAGUAGCAACCGUUAUGUUCUUACAACAAUCAGAACUUUACGUUGCCAACGUCGGAGAUGCACAGGCAAUGCUCAUCCACUCGGAAGGCGGUCAUCGGAUGUUAACACGAAAACAUGACCCGGCCGAGCCCAAUGAACGCCAACGCAUCCGAGAUGCUGGCGGCUGGGUGUCCAGGCAGGGAAAAUUAAACGAUAUCUUAGAGGUUUCCCGAGCGUUCGGCUAUGUUCACAUAAUGCCUGCUGUUCAGGCUGCUCCUCAUAUUACUCAAGUCACUAUCAAGGAGCAGGAUGAGAUGAUCUUGAUUGCAUCGAGGGAGCUUUGGGAAUAUCUGUCUCCGGAACUCGUUGUCGAUAUCGCCCGCUAUGAACGCGGUGACCUGAUGCGGGCAGCCCAAAGACUUCGUGAUCUUGCCAUUGCCUUUGGUGCCUCCGGAAAGCUCAUGGUCAUGAUGAUUGGUGUCAGCGACUUGAAAAAGAGAAUGCCGGCUCGAACCAACCGAGUUCAGAGCUUAUCGUUCAAUCCUUCACAAUUCGCCGAUGACUCGUAUUCAGCCCCCAAACGAACUAAAAAGAAGGGUAACGGGGUCGAAGAUUCCAUGCUUCGUCGACUUCAAGCCGAAGUCCAAGCGCCCGAAGGAGAAAUAAGCAUUGUCUUCACGGAUAUCAAAAGUUCCACUCUUCUGUGGGAGACGUAUCCCAGCGCUAUGCGUUCAGCUAUCAAGCUUCACAAUGAAGUUAUGCGCCGUCAGCUACGCAUCAUUGGUGGAUACGAAGUGAAGACUGAAGGUGAUGCUUUCAUGGUCUCAUUCCCCACCGCUACAUCAGCCCUUCUCUGGUGUUUUUCAGUCCAGCAACAACUCCUCGAGGUUCAAUGGCCAUCCGAAGUCCUCGCCAGCGUCGUCGGUCAAGAAGUCUUCGACAAUGAACAUCAACUCAUAUUUAGAGGUCUAAGUGUCCGAAUGGGUAUUCACUGGGGUCAACCCGUGUGUGAAAUCGACCCUGUCACUCGCCGUAUGGAUUACUUCGGGCCUAUGGUCAACCGCGCUUCGAGGAUCUCAGCCGUUGCUGAUGGUGGUCAGAUUACCGUCUCUGCGGAUUUCAUCUCUGAAAUUCAACGUUGUCUGGAAAGCUUUAGUGAGAGUGACCGUUCCGGCUCCACAGGCUCCGAAGAUACGUAUGAGACCGAUGUAAUGUCAGCAACUAUUCGCCGCGAACUCCGCUCCUUAAGCAGUCAAGGGUUCGAAGUCAAAGAUAUGGGCGAGCGCAAACUUAAAGGCCUAGAAAAUCCGGAAUAUAUCUAUCUAAUGUACCCGCAUGCUCUGGCUGGCCGAAUCCAGUACCAACUACACGUCGCGGACAGCGAAAAGCUGGUUCAAAUCGAUGAGCCAGCCACGCUUUCUGCGCACUCACAGCUGAAUGUCGACAAAGAGACGGUUUGGGCACUCUGGAGGGUCAGCUUGAGGUUGGAGAUGCUAUGUAGUAGUUUGGAUGGUGAGAGAGGGAAGACCCUACCCUUACAGCCACCGGAGACGGCUCUGCUGGAAAAGAUGAGACAUAGAGGCGGGGAAGUCACGGAUCGAUUCAUAAUCAACUUUUUGACUCAUCAGGUUUCGCGAAUUGAGGUAACUUGCUACUGCCAUUCAUUCUUUAAGGAACGCUUCAAGUGGCCUUGCUAA